UUAUACGAGUUAGUUAUUAAAGCGUCUUAAAAUUAUGUAAUAUUUCCACGGCGAAAAGCCCACACUUGCAUUAUCCGUUACCACUCUUCCAUUCCGCAAAACCCCCGUCUCGCCUUCCUCUACCGCUCCGGCCAUGGAAGCCUUCGCCGCCGCCGCCGUAUUCGCGGGCUCCAGCACCGCCGCGCGCCCCUUCAUCCUCCGCCGCCGCUGCCGCGGUGGUGCCCCGCGCUCCGGCGCUGGCCGAGUGCGCCUCCUCCGGGCGCCGCCGCCGCGCGCCGGUGGCGACGAAGGGGAGCUGCCCCCACUCGACAAGUGGGACAUGAUGGAGCUCGAUUUCGGCCGGUUUCUCGGAGAGGACCCCAAGCUUACCCUCGCAAAGAUUCUACUUAAGAAGUCAGACCCAGAUGCCUCAUCCUUCGACGUAGAGAAACUAAUUUUCACAAAAAAGGACAAGCUAGAUAAUAUUUUGAGGGAGUUCAUGGAUGCUAAUAAGGACAAGGCUUCCAAAACACCAGAAGGUGGAUCCCCAACAAUAAGCAAGCUAAACGAAGGCAAUAAUCCUUUGAAUAUUUCAAGACCUGUGAUGGGCAAACCGAAGCAAGAUGGGCCUCCUUUGAAUUUACUGCGACCAGCAGGAAGCAAGCCAAAGCAAGAUGAGUGUUCUCUGACUCAGUUGCGAUCAGUAGGAAGCAAAGGAAAGGAAGAUAAUCCUUCAUUAACAUUGUUGCGUCCAGUUGGGAGCAAACCAAAAGUACAGGGCAAGCUGGUGCAAGAUAGUUGGCCUAGCAAAGAGAGUUUAGUUUCUGCAACAGAAUUGAGUGAGGUGGGGCGCAUCUCAAGAGCUAGCAAUGUGGAUGUCACUUUGCAGAAACCCACAGUGCAUCAGAGUGAGGAUGAUGAUUUGAAGUCAAAGCUGAAAAUGAAGCCAAAUAUUAACCUGAAAAUGAGGAAAGAUAUGAAUGAGGACUUAACAGACAUUUCUCUUCUUCAAAAGCCAGAUAUUGCAAAAGAUACCACUAAUACAGACCAGGACCAUGCCUCUGCUGGAUCCACAUUGAUUUCUGCUGGAGAGGAUAACAGUGAACAUGAGCCUCAAAUAAAUGGUCCUGGUGAAAAAUCAGUGGUUGACAGGGUUCAUGAAUCAUCUGAGCUUGAUGAUGAUUCUAGUGUAGGACUACAGCCAUACGGUCAAAGUUUCAUUGAGGAAAUAGAUACUUCUGCUAAUCCAGUUGACAACCAAUCAGCUACCAGCAACAAUUUCUCAAUGCAAGCUUUCUUGCAAGGAAAACCUAAAAGGGAAGACCUAUCUGUUGAAAUAUUUCCAUCUCAAGUAGAUGCUGAAAAGAUGAAUGCUACUGAUGAUAACAAAAGUUAUGUUGAUGACAGGGGAAAUGUCUUGCCAUCAAAAUUAGAGGAUAUCACCGAGAGUGACUGGACAAGGUUAGAGCGUUAUGCAAGUACUGGAGAAAAGGUUGAGGUGGAGCUGAUAAACUGCACCGCGAAGGGAUUUGUUGUGUCACUUGACUCGCUGAUAGGUUUCUUACCAUAUCGUAAUCUUGCUACAAAAUGGAAAUUCUUAGCUUUUGAGACUUGGUUAAGAAGGAAGGGUGGUGAUCCUUCCUUGUACAAGCAGAAUCUGGGAUUAGAGGAUGGUUUAGUGGUUCAUGACGGAAGUAUAGAAUCAGAAUCUAGCUCGGUCUCAGAAGUUGCUGGUCAGGAUCAAGGAUCUCUACCAUCUAAGCCGAAGUUUGAAGAUCUUCUUCGGACAUACAACCUAGAGAAAUCCAUGUUCUUAUCUUCAUUUAUUGGUCAAAGACUCCGGGUAUCAGUUGUCCUGGCUGACAGAAAUUCCAAGAGGAUAUUUUUCUCUAUGAAACCAAAAGAAAGUGAAGAGUUGAUUCAGAAAAAGAAAACUCUGAUGGCUAGGCUUAAUGUUGGAGAUAUUGUUCAAUGCACAAUCAAGCGAUUGGUUUACUAUGGGAUAUUUGUUGAGGUCGAAGGGGUUCCUGCAUUGAUUCAGCAGUGGGAGGUGUCAUGGGAUGAUACCUUAGAUCCAGCAGUUUCUUACAAAAUUGGUCAGGUUGUGGUUGCUAGAGUUAUUCAACUGGACUUUACUAAUAACCGUAUCUUUUUGUCGCUUAAAGAUGUAAAGCCAAAUCAAUCAGUAGGAGCUUUAGAAGCAGUCAUUGGUGAGGAUUUAUCACUUGGUGGAGCUCUUGAACCUGUACAAGCAAAUUUCGAGUGGCCUGAGGUAGAUGCCCUUAUCGAAGAGAUGCAAAAAAUAGAGGGUGUAAGAGAUGUUUAUAAAGGACGAUUCUUCCAAAGCCCAGGAUUAGCUCCAACCUUUCAAGUAUACAUGGCACUGGUGGUAGGUCACAAAUACAAGCUCCUCGCACGGUAUGGAAACAAUAUGCAAGAGGUGAUGGUGGAGGCAUCAUUGGACAAAGAACAGCUGAAAGAGGCAAUUUUGAUGUGCACAAAUAGGGUUAGCUGAUUAGCUAGGAUCUCCAUGCUGCGCGUUGGACGGGACCAGUUUCUCGAGGUUGUUUGAGAGCAUUUUGAUUUUUUUUUUCUUGGGGUGCAAAGCAUAGGUUUGUGGAGAAAUACUGUGGCUGAUUAGAGUUGCAUUCUUUUAGCAUAUUUUGCCUAGUGCUGCCUUGGCUGCGUUUAAGUUGUAGGCUCCCCUGUGCCCUCCCCUGAUCAUACAAGUUCGGAGGAUCACUCAGAGGAGUAGCAUUUACUGGACCAUGCUUGCUAUCCCUUCUCGGCUGGAUGCACAAAUUAUAGCAAAUGAGCCGAGCACAGUUGCACUCA